CCUGGAACCUGGGCCCGGACACUGUGUUUCUGGCGAGUGUUCUGUCUUGCUGUGUUCACCUUACUCCUCCAACACGGGAUUUUUGUACAUUCUAGUGAAGAUGCGGGUCGGCCGCGAUGUAGUAUUGGGGCAGCCUUGUUAGACCACCAAGCCCUGGACUUGACUUCCCAGGCCCACAGUCCUUUUGUGGCUGUGUUCCUCGUUGCACCGAUCAAUCAGUCUCUGCUGUCUGGAAGCCAUCUUGCUUGAGUACUGACUCGCCACCAUGUCGUCAGUGAAGGUGGCUGUGAGGGUUCGUCCCUUCAACAACCGCGAGAUAGCUCGCGAGUCUAAAUGCAUCAUAGAUAUGGGAGGCAAAACCACAAGUAUAACCAACCCCAAGGUACCACCCGGCAGCAAGGAAGCCUCCAAGAACUUCAACUUCGACUAUUCCUAUUGGUCACAUAACGUAAAUGACCGAAAUUUUGCUUCACAAUCACAUGUGUUCAAAGACAUAGGGGAAGAAAUGUUGCAACAUGCCUUUGAAGGUUACAAUGUGUGCAUUUUUGCCUACGGUCAGACGGGAGCAGGGAAAUCCUAUACAAUGAUGGGCAAGCAAGAGGAAGGUCAAGAGGGAAUCAUUCCUCUUGUUUGUAAAGACAUGUUUCAGAGAAUUGCAGACUGCACAGAUGGAGAACUACAGUAUUCUGUUGAGGUGAGUUACAUGGAGAUCUACUGUGAACGUGUACGAGACCUGUUGAAUCCAAAGAAACAAAACAAUCUCCGUGUGCGUGAACAUCCUCUUCUGGGUCCAUAUGUAGAAGACCUUGCAAAAUUAGCAGUCACAACAUAUGAAGAUAUUCACAAUUUAAUAGAUGAAGGUAACAAAGCCAGGACAGUUGCAGCAACCAACAUGAAUGAAACAUCAUCACGUUCCCAUGCAGUAUUUACGAUUGUGUUAACUCAGCGUCGAAAUGACACCACCACCAAACUCUCAUCAGAACGAGUUUCUAAGAUAUCUUUAGUCGAUUUAGCUGGUUCUGAGCGAGCAGACUCCACAGGAGCAAAGGGCACUCGUCUGAAAGAAGGUGCCAAUAUCAACAAAUCCUUAACAACACUGGGCAAGGUCAUCUCUGGUCUUGCUGAAGUAGCAAAUAAGGCUUCUAAACCAAACAAAAGGAGGAAAACAGAAUUCAUCCCUUAUCGUGACUCAGUGCUGACCUGGCUAUUACGAGAAAAUCUAGGUGGAAAUAGCAAAACAGCCAUGAUAGCAGCCAUAUCACCAGCAGAUAUUAAUUAUGAUGAGACACUUUCAACUCUUAGGUAUGCAGAUAGAGCAAAACAAAUUCGUUGCAAUGCCGUAGUUAAUGAAGAUGCUAAUGCCAAAUUAAUCCGUGAGCUGAAGGAGGAGAUCCAGCGUCUACGUGAACUGCUGAAGCAAGAGGGCAUUGAAGUUCAGGAAGCAGGCCUGGAUGGCAAGGUCAUCUGCCACAAUGACAACCGUCCUGCUGACCUGGGGUCAUGUCAAGAGAUCACCAAAGUGAUGAACAGCAACAAUGACAAGGAGACCCCACAGAUUACCUCGCCUGUAUCCACUGUUGCUGAAGUGGCUGCGGAUCAACUCCAUGCCAAUGAGAAACUUAUUGCAGAACUGAAUGAAACUUGGGAAGAGAAAUUGAAACGCACUGAAAGUAUACGUCUGCAGCGAGAAGCUGUUUUUGCUGAAAUGGGAGUAGCAUUAAAGGAAGACGGAAAUACUGUUGGUAUUUUCUCUCCUAAAAAGACACCUCAUCUUGUGAAUCUUAAUGAAGAUCCCUCAAUGUCAGAAUGCUUACUCUACUACAUCAAAGAUGGUUUCACUAAAGUUGGCUCUGCAGAUUCAAACAUUCCACAAGAUAUUCAACUCUGUGGUUCUCACAUUAUGGCAGAACACUGCCAGUUUGAGAAUCAUGAAGGUGUUGUCUCGAUUCACCCUAAACCUCAAGCGUUGUGCUACGUCAAUGGCCGUGAAGUAAAUGAGGCAACUAUUCUAAAAACUGGUUCUCGUGUCAUUCUUGGCAAGAAUCAUGUUUUCAGGUUCAAUCACCCUGAGCAAGCUCGUGAGCGCCGAGAAACAAAAUCGCCUACUGAAACUCCAGGUUCAGGAGAGCCAGCAGAUUGGCAGUUUGCUCAAAUUGAGCUGUUAGAGAAGCAGGGUAUUGAUUUAAAAGAAGAAAUGCAGAAACGGUUGGUGGCCCUCGAAGAGCAGUAUCAAAGAGAGAAAGAGGAGGCUCAGAAAGAAUUUGAAAAGGAAAGAAAGAACUAUGAGGCAAGGAUUGAUGCUCUACAGAAACAGGUGGAGGAGCAGAGUAUGACCAUGUCCAUGUAUUCUUCCUACACCCCAGAUGACUUCACCCAUGAAGAUGACAUCUUUGUAAACCCCUUGUUUGACGCAGAGUGCAACUGGACGGAACGGGAGUAUGCUUUGGCUUCCUGGGCAUUCCGCAAGUGGAAGUACCAUCAGUUCACUUCACUUCGAGAUGAUCUGUGGGGAAAUGCCAUCUUCCUCAAAGAAGCCAAUGCUAUUUCAGUCGAGCUAAAAAAGAAGGUUCAGUUCCAGUUCACACUGUUGACCGACACAUUGUAUUCACCGUUACCUCCUGAUUUCUUACCUCUAAUGGAAGAGGAUGAAGAGGAAGAUGAGGAUGACCGUCCUAUUCCCCGUACUAUUGUAGCUGUUGAAGUUCAGGAUACAAAGAAUGGCGCCACACAUUAUUGGACGUUAGAAAAAUUGAGACAUCGUUUGGAGUUGAUGCGUCAAAUCUACAACUCUGACGUGAGCCCAUACUCCCCGUUGCCCUCUCCGCCAACUGAGCCCCAGGGAGAUGACGAAGUGCAAACCUGCAUACCAGCGUGUAACCAGGCCAGGCUCUCCCUGUCCCAGCUGCUGCCUACGAGGCUCCAGAACUCCCGCAUACAACGUUUGGAGUUAAUGAGAGAAAUGUAUCAUAAUGAAGCUGAACUAUCACCCACCUCCCCGGAUUAUAACAUUGAAAGCCUAACAGGUGGAGACCCAUUCUACGAUCGCUUCCCUUGGUUCAGGCUUGUUGGCAGGGGGUUUCUGUACCUAAGUAAUCUUCUGUACCCUGUACCAUUGGUGCAUCGUGUUGCAAUUGUCAGCGAACGAGGUGAUGUCAAGGGAUAUCUAAAAGUUGCCGUACAAGCUGUUGUCGCAGCGGAAGAAGAUUCAGUCGAAAGUACACAACCAGCAGGAGUGCGACAAUCAGCAAGAAUAUCUUUCAAUGAAGGUACUUUUAAAAGACCGCGGACCAAACGAGGGUCGCUCUCUGCGCAGGUGUUGGAGAAGAACACAGCUGCAGCUGCCGAGGAGGAGCGUAUAGUUGAAGGUCAAGUAGGCUCAGGAGACAUUAUUAAACUAGAGGAUGAAGUGUGUGAAGUAGAUAGUGGUAGAGGUGAUAGUAGUGUUAGUUCCUGUGACAGUGGAAGAGAUGAUGACCUUCCGCCUCACCUUCGUAUCGGGCAAGAGCUUACCUUCCGUGUAACUGUUCUUCAGGCCUUUGAUGUGUCUACAGAAUAUGCUGACAUAUUCUGUCAGUUUAACUUCCUCCACAGACAUGAUGAAGCCUUCUCCACUGAACCAAUAAAAAAUACUGGAAAGGGACCACCACUGGGGUUCUAUCAUGUACAGAAUAUUACAGUAACAGUGACUCGAGCAUUCCUAGAAUACAUAAAAACACAACCUAUCGUGUUUGAAGUAUUUGGUCAUUAUCAGCAACACCCUCUACACCGCGAUGCCCGUCAAGAUGCCACGCAUUUCUUACCUCCUGGCAUGGUACUUCCCGGCAGCUCUCGGGCACCACCCAAGAGGAUGCAGCCUCCCGCCAUCCCCAUCAGUCAGCCAAUAAGGUCACCGAAGUUUGGUGUUGUACAGAGCCCCUCUACCUCACAUGUACAUGCUCGACAUGAUCUCCUCGUCUGGUUCGAAAUCUGUGAACUAGCACCGAGUGGAGAAUAUGUACCAGCAGUGGUUGAACAUGGAGAUGAUCUGCCAUGCCGAGGUCUCUUCCUUUUACAUCAGGGUAUCCAAAGACGUAUUCGCAUCACAAUUGUACAUGAACCUUCCCAUGAUCUGAUUUGGCGUGAUGUACGAGAACUUGUUGUUGGUCGAAUACGCACAACUCCAGAAAGUGAAGAUGACAAUAACGAUGCAUCAGUCUUGUCUUUGGGUCUGUUUCCGGGAGAGUGCCUAGAGUACCCUGGAGAAGACCGCACACUCUUCCGUUUUGAGGCAGCUUGGGACUCUUCUCUCCACAACUCCAUUAUGUUGAACCGUGUCACCCCACCAGGAGAGCAUGUAUAUAUGACCAUAUCUGCUUAUCUCGAGCUGGAAAACAAUGCACAGCCAGCCAUAAUCACCAAAGACCUGUGUAUGGUUGUUUACGGUCGAGACUCCCGAACUAUCCCACGUUCCCUUCGACAUAUCUUCAGUGGCUCAUACAAGAAUGCUGAGGCCAACAGGAUCUGCGGCGUUUAUGAGACAGUGCUAAAGCGCGCAGCUGAAGCAGGUAGCCCAGGAUUACAACGGAGGCAACGAAGAGUGCUGGACACAAGCUCCACUUACGUGCGUGGCGAAGAAAACCUUCAUGGAUGGAGGCCACGGGGAGACUCUCUCAUAUUUGAACAUCAGUGGGAAUUGGAAAAGAUUGCGCGCCUAACUCAAGUGGAGAAAACAAGACAUUUCCUCCUUCUACGGGAAAAGCUCGGUCUUGGUACCACACCCCAGCCUCUCAACCACCACCAUGACUUUACGAAAAGUGAAAAGGAGGUGGCUAAUCAAGCAGCCAAGGCUGGAUGUGAUGCUCGAGCUGUGUUGACGCGGUACUCCUCCAGGGACAUGCCUGCUACAGACUCUGAUAAUAUGAGUGAGGCAGAAAGAGCCACUGCUCUCAAAUUUGCCCGAUUCAUGCAAGGUCGGUCUGUACAGAUUCAUACAAAACAAGAAACUCCUGCACAGACUCCUGAUGAGCAAGAUGCUCUCACUGCCUCAGUCACCUCAUCCUGCUCUUCCACCACUUCAGCAGAGUUAGCCUCACCAGAGCGACCUCGUGCACCUGUACCAGAACUUCAUAUUGCUCUUGGUGGGUCGGCUGUAGUACCACCAGAUUCCCCCCUUGCAAGCCCUGGAGAUUCCGAUGGCUCGUCACCUCUGGUAGAGUGCAGACCGAUGCCACUCUUUGUCCCAGAGGUUGAGGAAAUACGUAUAUCACCAGUUGUCAGCCGAAAGGGCUACCUCAAUGUUCUGGAUGACCGAACCAACACCUGGAUAAAGAGAUGGGUGGUUGUACGACGACCAUAUGUAUUUAUCUUCCGAGAUGAGCGGGACCCUGUAGAACGAGGACUCAUUAAUUUGGCCACUGCCCAAAUUGAAUACUCUGAGGACCAACAGGCCAUGGUGCGGGUACCUAAUUCAUUCAGUGUGGUGACCAAACAGCGAGGCUUCCUAUUGCAGACCCUGGGAGACAAGGAAGUGCAUGAUUGGUUAUAUGCCAUCAACCCACUUUUAGCAGGACAGAUCAGAUCAAAGUUAGGUCGCCGUAGUCGUCACACAUCUGGUGGCAGCCACCCCAAUACCCUUUCUGUUCCGACUAAGUGAAAUAAGGACAAUCCAGGGUCUUAUCAGAGCCUCACACACCAACUUUAUGAGCAGCACAUGACAUCUGCUACAGCUUGAGUUGUCACUGACUUGUCACAUAUUCAUACUGUACUAAUUUCUAAACCAGUCAGGUACUGAAGACAACAGAAAAAUUAUAUGAGUGUUAUUUGUGUAAGAAAAAGCAAAAAAAUUACUUAAAAUCACUGUUCAACAGGACUGCACUGCCUGGGGUAAGGUCCUUCUGUUUUUUCAGGAAAAUGUUCCUUUUGAAGUGACUUUCAUAUUUUAUCAAAUGAUGUGAUCAACAAAUAUGGGGAAGCCUCUAACCACAUCCACUGGUUGGACCAUACUUUUUGAAAACCCUCCCUUAAAGCAUGCAGUAGGAGUCAGUGAACCUGUAAUAAUUACAUAUAAUGUUUGAGAAAGAUAGUUUGCCUCAUCCUUUUUAUCUGGUGGAAUAACUAGUUUGAGAUGUUCCAGUAAGAGUUGCCUGGCUAUCUGUUCUCUAGUCCCUAACAUGACAAUACUAUUAAAAAUUGAGCUUUAGGGGCACACUGCAACCACCCAUUUAAUCUUGCAGUGUCUGCUGUGUUCCUUCCAAAUGUUCUUCAUAAGAGGGCUAACAAUUAUUUCACUAAUUAAUUGUUCGUCCCACAUGCUUGCCUGUUGCUUUUUACUGUACACAGGCUCUACCGGCAUCACCCUUAAUUGUGAUCAUUAAUGAUUAUAGUAGACUCAUUAGCAUUGCAAGAUAUAUCAUCAAGUCUUAAGUCGAGGUGUGAGAAACCUUAUUUUUUUAAUUUAUGUACAUAUUAUUUGGUAACAAAAAUAUUUAAAAGAGAAGUAAAAUGCAGUUUACUGACAAGUAUAUGGGGAGACAGUGGUCCUGUUGCUCAUUAUUGACAAUUUCUGAAGGGGGCUGAAUCUCUGUGCUCAUGACUUAAAUGAGACAUGCUAUUUACUGUAAGAUUUUAAUUAUUUUUUUGUAUUCUCAAAGGGUUUUAUGUAUGACAUACUCUUCUUCCAAACUGGAGCUCUUGUAUGUCAUAGACAGUUUCCUUUUAGGAGCUGAUGUAUGCCUUAUUCAUCUAAUGCUAGAAUUGCUCUGUCAUACACAGUUUCCCCAAUAGGAGUAUCUGUAAAUUGUAUACAUUUUCAUUUCACAACAUGCUAUACACCUCAAUAUCUUGUUGAUGUGUAGUGUAUGCAUAUCUAUUGUAAGAGCUGAUGUGUCUUGGAUGUAUCUUCCUCUGCUGAGUUCAUGUAACUUUACAAGGCAUUACUGUAUGAUGCAGACAUGUUGGGAAAGUUGCAAUAGACAGUCUGUUGGUGGGUCGGACACAUGUGAAGCCCAUCAACAUGAUUCUCUUUUUUAUGUCAGAUUUCCAGUCGCAAGAUACUAGGCAACUGUUGCACAGAAAAUACAUUCUCAUGAGUAGAAUUAAUCAAGUUGUGAAUAAGAAAUCUUGUAAGUUGUGAUACUAUAUAUAUAUACAUACAGUAUAUAUAUAGAGAUAAUUUUUCAAGUAAGCGAUGAUUUUUAUUCCAGAAUAGGAGUGAGUUUAGGGCAGCACUAGUAUUCAGAUAAAUAUUUUAGUUUUAUGUAGACAUUGGGGUGUAAUAUAAACCCAAAAUUAAAAAAAAAUCAAAUAUAGUACCAUGCUGCCUGUAGAGAUAUUGAGAAUAUAAUGAUUUCAUUGGAUUUCUCAGUACUAUCACUAUUUAUUAAAAAUUGUACAAUACUAUACAAAGUUUAUGAUGAUGUGUCAGAAGCAUUAUGGUACGAAUGAAAGUACAUUAAAAGUUAGAGGGUACGUGGUGUACUUGUAUAGCUUGUAUUCUCCUCACCUAGAUAGUGCGAACAGCAGCCCAGAGGCCUUCAGACAACAGCCUACCCCAGCAUCUAGCUGGUGCACAAAUGGGCCAGUAUCCUCUUGGUAACCUUACAAACAAUAAGCUAGGUUCAGAAUUAUUAUUAGCACCAAGAAAAAGUUUCUAUAACAAAAAUAAAGUCAUAUACUAGAAAUUUUUUAGUCAGAAGUACUCUGCAAUAGUUAUGACUUAUGGUUAAACCAUUGCUGUUGUGGAGUGUUUUUGGUUCAUUUUGAACUGUCCUUGCUUUAUACUUUCAUUCUUAAUCUUCCAGCACUCAUACGGCUAUUUCUUCCAUUGUUAUUCUCCCCUCACUACCAGAUUCUGUUACUACAGAAGAUUGUUAGGUUUGUGUGCACUAGUGUUGAACCUCUGUGAUGUCUCCCAGAACUGGACACUCACCUUGCCAAGCAGGGUAAAGGAUAGCAAUUCAAAGUCUUAUAUCUGUGAAAUCAGUAAUUAUAAGCCUUAGAUGGAUUUCAAUAAGGCACAUUUACUUGGCCAAAUUAGUCUUAUUGAAAGACUGUUUUAAUACUCAGAAUUGCUGAUCAUGUCACAGCUUCAUUAUUAUUAUUUUUUUUACUUCCCCCUUGUAGAAACUUGUCAUCAGAGGUAUUUUACCAUCUAAAUAAAGUAGAAUGUUUGUUUGUCAAGACACUUGACUUGGUGAUUGGAAGAAUGAAACCAAAGAUGUUAGUUGAUAAGUAUAAGCGUAUCUUUAUCUAGUCACAUGCAUCACCAUUACUCACCAUAGUAUAGUUUAAGUUUCUCAUAAAAUAUAUUAUUUCUUUUCAAUUGUUUGCUUAUUUGUUCCUUGAAGAGUAUAAAACUUUAUAUUUAUGGUUAACAAAGGUUGCAAGUGAUUGUCCUGCAACUAUGGGUUGCUACAUAUUAUGGAUAUACAUCAGGACAGUCAAGCUACAUCAUUUUUCACAAGUUGUUUUUCUUUUUUAUUCAGAGAACUAUAAUUUGGAUAUCAAUAUUUAAUGAUAUUGUGUUAUAAUAGAAUAUAUCUCAAACAAUUAUUUAUGAAACUCACUGUAAAGCUUGAUGUUUACAAUGAUAUGGCCAAAUGUAAUAAUUUAGUUUCUGUUUUAUUACCCUUUCUUAUGAUUUUUAAUAUCAUUGAUAUAUAUAUAUAUAUAUAUAUAUAUAUAUAUAUAUAUAUAUAUAUAUAUAUAUAUAUAUAUAUAUAUAUAUAUAUAUAUAUAUAUAUAUAUAUAUAUAUAUAUAUAUAUAUAUAUAAUUAUAUAUAAUGUGUGUGUCUAUCCGUGUUUAAAAUAAUAAAGCCUCAAGGCAAUGAAUUAUGUGGGCCUUGGAAAAUUUGUGUAAGGCCAAAUGGCAUUUUUAAUUGGUCAAAAUACCAUAGAGAAUUAUUAAAAAUGACAACAGACUCUUUGAAUUAUUU